GGGAUUUAUAUUAGUUGUUGAGAAAUUUAGGCUGCUUAGAAGAAGAUGUUGCUCGUGUAUAUAUAGCAGAAGUGGUGCUUGCACUAGAAUAUUUACAUUCACUUCGUGUGGUUCAUCGUGAUUUGAAGCCAGAUAAUUUAUUAAUUGCUCAUGAUGGUCAUAUUAAGUUGACCGACUUUGGGCUCUCAAAGGUUGGUCUUAUCAACAGUACUGAUGAUUUAUCCGGCCCAGCCGUAAGUACCACAUCUCUAAUGGUGGAAGAUGAGCCCGAGUUAUCUGUGCCUGAGCAUCAGCAAGAAAGACGAAAGAAACGUUCUGCUGUUGGCACACCUGACUAUUUGGCACCAGAGAUAUUAUUGGGAACAGGACAUGGUACAACUGCCGAUUGGUGGUCAGUUGGUGUGAUUUUGUUUGAACUGAUUGUUGGUAUUCCACCCUUCAAUGCAGAGCAUCCUCAGACAAUAUUCGAUAACAUUCUUAAUCGUAAAAUUCCUUGGCCUCGAGUGCCUAAUGAAAUGAGCCCAGAAGCAGCAGAUUUGAUUGAUCGCUAA